GCACCUUGGCUGGAGUUUUACUGCAGUCAGCUGGGAUAGGCUCCAGCUUGCCUGCAACCCUACGCAGGAUAAGCGGCUACAGAUAAUGGAUGGAUGGACACAAGAGUUCUACUGGGAAAUAUGACACACAUAUUUUUCAUAUGAGCUACAUCCAGGACAUGGAGAACCAAAACCAUGACAUAAAUCUCUAUAUGUCACUUAGAAAGUAAAAUGGCUUUAUUCAGUGUUGGUCGUCCUUUUCUCCCGAACACAAGACGUGCUUUGGGAUGUUUUUUUAAGCAAAAGCAGGCAUUUUGCUGUAAAGCCACUGACUCUGAGGAGGAGGAGAUUCGAAAGAAGCUUCAGUUGUUUCCAGGAGGAUCCAUAGAUCUUCAGAAACAAGAGUCAGGCAUUGCAGUGAUGACAGUCAAUAACCCAACACGUAUGAACGCCUUCUCAGGCAGCAUGAUGACUGAACUAGAAGAACGGGUAUCUGAACUAGAGACGUGGACAGAAGGAAAAGGUCUCAUUGUGCAAGGGGCUGCUAGAACAUUCUGCUCUGGAUCUGACCUGAAUGCAGUCAGAGCAAUAUCAAACCCACAGGAUGGAAUGAAGAUGUGUAUGUUCAUGCAAAAGACUCUUGCACGACUUCUCAGGUUGCCCCUCAUCUCCGUAGCUCUGGUUGAAGGAAAAGCGCUGGGUGGAGGUGCAGAACUCACUACUGCCUGUGACUUCAGACUGAUGACAUCUGGUGCCAUGAUCCAGUUUGUCCAUAAACACAUGGGCUUGGUGCCAGGAUGGGGCGGAGCUGUGAGGUUGGUCCGAAUCAUUGGCAGCCAAAAUGCCCUAAAAUUACUCGCGAGUGCAAAGAAAGUUGAUCCAGACUUUGGAAAGCAGAUUGGACUAGUUGAUGACGUGUUGACUGUUGGGGAAGGAAACUCUCUGGUGGAAACAGAGCGAUGGCUGAACCAGUUUACAAAGGGCUCAGCUCCUGUAAUCAGGGCUGUGAAGAAGGUGGUGUUAUCUGGCAGAGAGCUCUCUCUGGAUGAAGCCCUCACAACUGAAAGACAUGUAUUUGGGACAGUGUGGGGAGGACCAGCCAAUCUCGAGGCUCUGGCACUUAAAACAAAACACAAGUGAGAGAAUGUGGUUUUAAAAAAUGAACUUCAACACUAAAGUCUGUAUCUUUGGGGGAAAAAUAGCACCAUAAUUAUACAGAGAUGGACUGUUAACAGUAACUUGUAAAGGAUCAGCAGGUCUGAAUUUAGCUCAGAAAUGAAUUUACUGUCUGCCAUGUUGCUACAUUUCAACUCUGAUUAUUCCAGUAAAUGGAGUUAUGAUUUUACCAGGUGAUCCAGCUGUUUAGGGUAUGAGAUUUCCUAAAACAGCAUGAAUAUAGAUCAGAUUACUGUUAUAUUAAUGUUUACAGUGGUUACUGUAGUGAUUUAAAAAAAAAGUUUUUAAAAUAAAGCUGUGGAAGAAG